GAACAAAGAAGGAGCGAGCAAACCACCACGCCAUCUGCUAAGUUUAGGUUUGAUCAUCGUGUGAUUAUGUCCGCCAACAUCGGAUUGGCUCCUAAUCUCCACACCGCCGCCAACGCCGCCAUGCCCUACCCUAAACCCCUAACCAGAACCCACCUCCACUCUCUCUCCUCCUCGCCCUUCUCUUCUCUCUCCUCGCCCUCCACCCCCCAUCUUGUCGACAAAGCCAUCGCCAUCCUCAAACGCCACCACUCAGCCCACCUGCAACCGCUCUCUUCCCAAUUUACCCCCCAAUCAGCCUCCCAUAUGCUCCUCCAGUCCCAGCUCGACAAAACCCUAACCCUAAAAUUCAUCAACUGGGCUCGCCCCUUCCCCUUCUUCGACUCCAAAUGCAAGUGCAUAUCCCUCCACAUCCUCACCAAGUUCAAGCUUUACAAGACAGCCCAAACCCUAGCCGAAGACCUCGCCGUAGGUUCCGGCAAUGACGACGAAGUUUUUCGUUGCCUCAAGGAGACUUUCCAUGACUGCAAUUCGAGCUCGGCCGUCUUUGAUCUCUUGGUAAAAUCUUACUCUCACUUGGAAAUGAUUGAUAGAGCUCUGAAUACGAUUAGUUUAGCUAAGUUGAAUGGGUUUAUGCCGGGUAUAUUGUCGUAUAAUGUGGUUCUUGAUGCUAUGAUUAGGUCCCGGUCCAUGGAAAUAGCUGAGGAGUUUUAUAUCGAUAUGGUAAACGCUGGGUUUUCGCCGAAUGUGUACACGUACAAUGUACUAAUCCGAGGUUUCGUUAGGGUUGGGAAAUUGGAGAGGGGUUUGGGGUUGUUGAGUGAAAUGGAAAGAAAAGAGUGUUUUCCCAAUGUGGUUACUUUCAAUACGUUGAUCGAUGGAUACUGUAAGGUGGGGAGGAUUGAUGACGCUUUUAGGUUGUUGAGAUUGAUGUUAGAUAAGGGUUUGGAGCCGAAUUUGAUUUCGUACAAUGUGAUUGUCCAUGGGUUGUGUGGAGAAGGGAGGAUGAAGGAGACUGGUGAGAUUCUUGAGGAGAUGAGGUGGAAGGGUUUUGUACCUGAUGAGGUGACGUACAAUACCCUUGUCAAUGGGUAUUGUAAAGAUGGUAAUCUUCACCAAGCGCUUGUUUUGCAUGCGGAGAUGGUGAGGAACGGUCUCUCUCCAAAUGUUGUUACUUAUACGUCGUUAAUAAGCAGUAUGUGUAAGGCUGGGAAUUUAAAUCGUGCGAUGGAAUUCUUCGAUCAGAUGCACUUUAGGGGACUUCGUCCAAAUGAGAGAACAUAUACUACAUUGGUAGAUGGAUUUUCUCAGCAGGGAUACUUAAAGGAAGCUUAUCAGGUCCUGAAUGAAAUGACUGAAUGUGGGUUUUCACCUUCGAUUGUGACGUAUAAUGCCCUAAUCAAUGGACACUGUGUAUUGGGUAGGAUGGACGAUGCAUUAGGAAUUAUUCAGGAUAUGGUAGGAAAAGGGUUGGCCCCGGAUGUUGUGAGUUACAGUACAAUCAUAUCAGGGUUUUGCAAAACUCAAGAUUUGGACAAGGCUUUCCGAAUGAAACAGGAGAUGGUGGAGAAAAGAGUUUCGCCAGAUGCAGUAACUUAUUCAUCCCUGAUUCAAGGUUUGUGUCUGCAGAGAAGGCUGAAUGAAGCUUGUGAACUUUUUCAGGAGAUGUGGAGAAUGGAUCUUCCUCCUGACGAGUGCACAUAUACUAGCUUGAUCAAUGCUUAUUGCAUGGAAGGGGAUAUUAAAAGUGCUCUUCAUUUGCAUGAUGAAAUGAUCAAAAAGGGUUUCCUCCCUGAUGUUGUUACUUAUAAUGUGCUAAUAAAUGGGCUUAGCAAACAAGCUCGGACGAGGGAGGCAAAGCAGCUUCUCUUCAAAUUGUAUUAUGAGGAGUCUAUUCCAAACGAUGUCACGUAUGAUAUACUGAUAGAAAAUUGUAGUAGUAGUGAAUUUAAGAAUGUGGUUGCUCUGAUAAAGGGAUUCUGCAUGCAAGGAUUGAUGAAUGAAGCAGAUCGUGUUUUUGAAUCGAUGGUUCAGAGAAAGUACAAGCCUGACGAAGCAGUUUAUAAUAUUAUUAUACAUGGCCACUGUAGGGGUGGAAAUGUGCAGAAGGCAUUUGAUCUGUACAAUGAGAUGGUGCGUUACGGAUUUGUUCCUCAUACUGUAUCUGUCAUUGCUCUGAUUAAAGAACUUUUCAAAGAAGGGAGAAGUGAGGACUUGAGUCAUGUUAUAGGAAAUACGCUGAGAAGCAGUAGGCUUACUGAUGCAGAACUUGCGAAAGUUCUAGUUGAGGUUAACCACAAAGAAGGGAACAUGACUGCAGUACUUAAUGUUCUGUCUGAAAUGGCCAAGGAUGGUCUUCUUCCAAACAGUGGUGAAACUAUCCGUGCUAGGGCGUAAAGUGUAUUUGUACCUUGUUGUUAUCAGGGACCGUUGAACACAUUCGUGAUUUUCAGGUAAGAGUGGCCACUGAGAGAAUUUAGCAAGUCCCUUUUUUCGACUAAAGAUUUAUAUGAGUCAAGAUGAACCUCCGAAGAUGGGGAAAACCUUGUAUUUUGUCCACUUGCUAUGAACUAGACAUCCACUAUGAACCCACAACAGUCAUUUACAAACCUGUUUCUUGUUUUCAUUCAAUGAAUCAAUGGUUCUUCUAAUAUAAAUUCUCAAGGGGCUGCAGUAUUCGUGUCCAGAAUGCCUUUUAUCUCCAUUGUUGUGUUCCUGCUUGUGGUUGUGCCCGAUUUCUUCCAAGUGCUAGUGGGAGCUCUUUAAUUUAUUGAGGUUUCGUAGCUGAGUGAUUGUUUUGACAAUCUGGUUGGAUUUUAAUGAUGGUAUCAUCCCAUCCGGGUUCUACUCGCUAUGAUUUCGCUCUCAAGAUCACACUGAUGAAUUGUUGAUGAGUCUUCUGCUUCAUACUAAUUUAGGUGAAUCCUACUAAAUCCUUGCAUAAUUGUGGCUCCGAAUUUGACUCAUGAUCUUUGAAGCUGGGCUAUGUGGGAUUCGUGUGAUAUUGAUACCAUGCAACAAACUUUUAUGAGUUGUUUUUAGUUCCCCGUUGAAACAAUCCGCCAAGAUGCAGAAUGAGGAGAGACAGAACAUGGAUCUUUACAUCUCCAGGAAGUGGCUGAUCACUGCUAAGGAUCAUGCCUCUGUCCAGCUUAAUUCGGACAUUUGGAGGAGGCUGGCCGUUAUACUGGUCAAUUCUCCACUUUUGCGCUAUGUGGAUACAUUCGUGCCCAGGUUCCUCUUCUUGCUUUGCUGGUAUCUUUUGAAGAAUAAGGGGUGUGUUUUGUUGUUGUUUAUUCAUUUCUGUGUUUUGUUUUUGUUGUAUUCUACUUGUAUGAAAUCAAUGAAGUGGUGAAGUAGUGUGUUUCCAUAAAUGACCUUGCUAGUACUGUUAUGGCUACUGGUAUUGCUAAUGUUAUUGAUGCCGCUACUGCCCCUGUGAUUGGUAUUUUUUCUACUUGCGUACCUUUUAGAUCUUUCAAAAUAACGUAAAACUUGUUCUAAUGUUGGGUAAUACUGCUCAUGGUUGUUAAAAUCCUAUGAUACGGGAUACGUAUCCUACGAUUCAUAUCAUAUCCUUCCAAAAACGAUACGUAUCCCACCUCUUAUUCUUUUUGUAUAGAAAUCCUACAAUACAAUGGCGUAUCUUACGAUAUAAUAGCGUAUCCUGAUUCGGAAUGUAUCCUACGAUUUCUUAUUGAGAAGAGAUCAUACCAUAUUUUAAGAAUUAGAACACAAACACAUUCUAAAUCAUUUGAUCUAAUUAUGACGGUAUCCAAACCAUUUAGUGAAAACCAGAAUUCAAAGUUCGAAUAGAAGAAAGAACAUAUUUGAUAUUUCGAUCAUAUAUUGCAUACUCAGGAACCAAAAAGCCUCACUAUAAUAGACCCUACUUGGGAGACUUGAAAUUUUUCAUCCUAAAAGCCUAUUCUUCAUACAUUAAACACUUAUUUUCAUAUAUCCAAUAGAUUUUUAUAGUAUAAUUAAGUAUAAAUAUUAUUUUAUAUUAAAUUUGUUUCCGUUAACGUAUCUUAUGAUACACGAUACGUAUCCCGAUUUAGAUUUGAGCAUUAUCUUUUAUUGUUACAUUCUAAGCAUGCAUACUUUAAUCUUACAGACUGUGCUUCAUGUUCAUUACAGUUUUUUCCCCUAGAGUUGUGUGCUAGUUCUGGCGUUCUCUUUUUCGAUGAUGAAUUGUAAGGCUACCUUGAAGUUACGUAGAGUCGCUAUCCAUGGUGGUAACAUCGGCCACUACCUUUCUUUGAAUCAACAAACUUCUCAUGUUCGUGCGAUAUUUUUUUUUUCUUUGUGAAAUCCAGUGGAACAGUAGGGUCACUAAGAGUCUUCUCUGGGACUCCAAAUUUCUUCGAGUUCUUAGAAUUGAUGACGAUGAUAUACAAGGUCCCUUUUAACUAAGAUUUGCAAUUUAAGACAAUUUGACUUACCUUAAAUUGAGUUUGUUCCUUGUGCCAUAAGCAAUCUGAAAAGUUUGCUAACCUUGGAUCUUUGAGAAUCAUGGAAUGUCUACCUUCUUGAUGUUAUAUGGAGUAUGAAGCAAUUAAGACACGUUCUCUUACCCCGUGCAUGCUAUCCUCUUCCAGUUCGUCAGGUAAAUUGCUUGGAUUUGUUCCAUUCAGUUGAAUUUUCUUUAACAAAUCUCCAAACCCUAUAUGGGUUGCCUGGUGACCUUUUCAAAUCAGUAAGGUUACGCAACCAAUCUGCCUUAAAAAGGUCACCAAGCAGCCCAUAUGGGGUCUGGAGUUUUGUUAAAGAAAAUUCAACUGGAUGGAACAAAUCCAAGCAAUUUAACGAACUGGAGGAGGAUAGCAUGCAUGGGGUAAGAGAAUGUGUCAUAAUUGCUUCAUACUCCAAAUAACAUCAGAAAGGUAGACAUUUCAAAGAUCCAAGGUUAGCAAACUUUUCAGAUUGCUUAUGACACAAAGAAGUUUUACAACUCCAAAUGACGAACUCAAUUUAAGGUUAGUCAAUUGCCUUAAAUUGCAAAUCUCAGUUAAAAUGGACCUUAGUAUAUCAUCGUCCUCAAUUCUAAGCACUCGAAGAAAUUUGGAGUCAUGGAGAAGAUGACUCUUCUGUUCCAUUGGGUUUCACAAAGAAAACACAACAUGGCACGAAUGUGGGAUGUUUGUUGAUUCAAAGAAAGGUAGUGGCCGAUGUCACCACCAUGGAUAGCGACUCUACAUAACUUCAAGGUAGCAUUACAAUUCGUCAUCG